UUGCUUGAGCUAUUUACAAGAGUUUAAGACAGCCCUUUGGAGCUUGGAUGUUGUGAAUUUGCAUAUCUCAAACUAUUAGUUUUGACUUUAGAAACUUAUUUUUGGUUUAAUAUAAAUAUAUUUAAACCAUUGGCUUUGACUAUCUAAUUUGUAAAUAGAAUCAGCAUUAAUCAAUCAAUACUUUACUUGAAAACUACUUUUUUUUUUCCUUGUUUACAAAUUUAAUUAAUGGCUUAAUCAAGAUUAGCUUACAUUCUUCUUAUGGUAAAACGGGAUUGCUUGAAAAUAAUGGUGUAUAAAAGGCUGCAAAAUAGGUGGAGUUGGGUAGAGUUGUUGCAUCAACUUUGAUCAAAAUCUUCAAAUGGGAAACUUUUAAGGGAAAAAAUGGUACAAUUUGAUACUAUAAAGAAAACUAGUAGGGAGCAUUCCUUUGUCUUCCAUCUUCAUAACCUCACUGUCGAAACAUUCCAUGGAGAGUUUGAAGAUAUUAGUGGUUGUAAUAUUUGGUGUGGUUAUGCAUGGAAUUGGAAGUUUAGGUGAUGGACUUUUGGUUUUUGACUAUUACAAAGAAACAUGCCCUUUUGUUGAAGAUAUUGUUCGACGACAAGUCGAGAUUGCUGUGCUUAAAGAUCCUCGAAUGGCUGCUUCACUCCUUCGCUUGCAUUUUCAUGAUUGUUUUGUUAUGGGAUGUGAUGCAUCCGUUCUUCUAGAUAGCAAUGAUGAGAUGGUGAGCGAAAAGCAAGCUGCUCCAAAUUUAAACUCUCUUCGUGGUUUUAGUGUUAUCGAUGAGAUAAAAUACAUAUUGGAAGAAGCUUGUCCUUAUAUCGUGUCUUGUGCUGAUAUUUUGACUAUUGUUGCUCGUGAUGCUGUUGUACUCAGAGGGGGACCUGAAUGGCCAGUGUUGUUGGGAAGGAAAGACUCCUUGAAAGCAAGCUUUGAUGGAGCCAACAAAUACAUUCCUUCUCCCAAUUCCUCCCUUGAGACUCUAAUUGCCAAUUUCCAACAACAAGGCCUUAACGUUGGAGACUUGGUUGCUCUAUCAGGAAGCCACACCAUAGGGAAAGCAAGAUGCUUGAGCUUUAGACAAAGAGUAUACCAAAUGAAUCAAGAAGAAGAAUAUGAUAGAUACAAGAGAUACAACAUAUACAGAAGAAUUUUAAGGUCAAUCUGCCCUAAAACAGGGCAAGAUCAAAGGGUAGCACCCUUAGAUUUUAGAACACCUGCAAGAUUUGACAACCAUUAUUUCCUCAACAUUCUUGAAGGCAAAGGGCUUUUGGGGUCUGACAAUGUGCUCAUAACCCAAGACUAUGAAGGUGAAAUUACAAGACAAGUUUGGAGCUAUGCCUCUGACCAAACCCUUUUCUUUGAUUCCUUUGUUAAGUCCAUUAUCAAGAUGGGGAAUAUCAAUGUCCUCACUUCCUAUCAAGGUGAAGUCAGAAGGAAUUGUAGGACUACCAAUCACUAGCUUUUUUUUCCAUGUUAAAGUAUUGGUAUAACUAAAUUUAUAGUAUUCUAUCGACUUAAGUAUUUGAGUUGAAUGGUGGUCGUUAUGUACAUGAUAUUAAAGCAAGAUGUCUUGUAUUCUAA